AUGAACAUGUUAGCCACAGCACAGAGGAAGAUGAUGAGAAGAAUGCUUGGUGUGACUCUAAUGGAUAGAAGAUCAAACAGUUGGCUCCACGAAAGAUUGAAGAUGCGUGAUGCUCGAAUGGUUGCAACAAGAAGAAAAUGGUUCUUCGCAAAGAAAAUCGUGACGGGAGAAGAAACGUGGGCAAAGAAGAUCGUAGAAUGGCGGCCCUGGGAGAAGAAAAGAUCUGUUGGACGACCACGAGCACGUUGGCGAGAUGACUUCCGAAGCGUUCUUGGGGAGAAUUGGUCGACCGUUGCGCGCAACAACAAGGAGCUCUUCAAAUCUACCAUGAUUCAGCAGAGCCUUUUUGAUUGCUCUGAUGUCUGA